UGUACCAUGUUUGAUUUGUCCCUGAUACCUUUGGAGUUUUUCUGAGAAAUGGAGCAGUAAUACAGCAUCAACUUAUUAAAAUACAUUUUAAGCCUUUUAAUUUUCUGUGCUAUUUUUGAAAGGGAAUGGAGGGAGGGGAGUUCUGUCCCGAGAUAAUCAUAGGUUCCAUAAGGAUAAUCCUUUAUCACCUUUUGCUCAAAAGUAUGGAUAUCCAUUUAGGCAAACUUGGGAGGUUGGAUGCAUACUAUGGCUUAUGUGGUUGACAAAGAUUGGUGCUAUUGGUAUACAGAAGCAAUCAGGAUGAGCAGAAAGCUGCUGCUUGAAAGGAAGAAAAUGAGCUGGAAGAACUGGGAUACCUUCACUGAGCUGAAGGGGUCUUGAAAUUGGGAUUCAUUUCUGAGCAGCUGCUGGUAUGUCAGAGGCUUGGAAUUGGCCUGGUAAAUCUAAAACUGUCUCAGCAGUGAUUAGCUGACCUCACCCAAGUUCCAGGUCCUAGUCUGCCUGAUCCUUUUUUCUUGAGCCCCAGAGCUAAAAUGCUCCUGAGCGUGCUCCUAUUGGUCGAGAAGGCCAACUAAAGUUCCCUUGCCCAUGUUAGGAGGUGUACGCCUCCUGAACUAAAGAUAGAAACAGCUGGCCCUUGCAAACAGCUAAAAGCCUCCAGACUAAGAGGUGUUCCCCACUCGGCAGCCAGACUCCUUGAGAUACCCUUUCAGUAACAAUACCAACGGCCUCCAUGUCUCUACUCUGCCAUAACAAAGGCUGUGGGCAGCACUUUGACCCCAAUGCCAACCUUCCUGAUUCCUGUUGCCAUCACCCUGGGGUCCCAAUCUUCCACGAUGCACUUAAGGGUUGGUCCUGCUGCCGGAAGCGAACUGUAGAUUUCUCUGAGUUCUUAAACAUCAAGGGCUGUACUGUGGGACCACACUGUGCUGAGAAGCUCCCUGAGGCCCCUCAACCUGAGGUGCCUGCCACAAGCAGUUCACUUCAGGAGCAAAAACCUCUGAAUACGAUUCCAAAGUCAGCAGAGACUUUGCGUCGGGAGAGGCCCAAGUCAGAUUUCCCUCCAAAGCUGCUUCCACUAAAUAUAUCCCAAGCACUGGAAAUGGCAUUGGAACAGAAGGAAUUGGAUCAGGAACCUGGAACAGGACUUGACAGUAGUCUGAUCCGGACUGGUUCCAGCUGCCAGAAUCCAGGAUGUGAUGCUAUUUACCAAAGCCCUGAGAGUGAUGCUACUCCAUGUACUUACCACCCAGGAGCACCUCGAUUCCAUGAGGGGAUGAAGUCUUGGAGCUGUUGUGGUAUCCAGACCCUGGAUUUUGGGGCAUUCCUGGCACAGCCAGGAUGCAGAGUUGGUAGGCAUGACUGGGGGAAGCAGCUGCCAGCAUCUUGCCGUCAUGAUUGGCAUCAGACAGAGUCCUUAGUAGUGGUGACUGUAUACGGCCAGAUUCCACUUCCUGCGUUCAACUGGGUGAAGGCCAGUCAAACUGAGCUUCAUGUCCACAUUGUCUUUGAUGGUAACCGUGUGUUCCAGGCACAGAUGAAGCUCUGGGGGGGGACCAGCAACUACCCAGAAUUCCUGGAGAGGAUGAAGUGUGGUGUGGCUGAUGUAGAGCCUUCUAAUGCUACAGCCCUUUUGCUACCAAGAAGGAAGUCAAAUUUAUGAUGAAGCUCACACUUUGGAAGACAGAUCUGACAGAAGGACAUUAGAUCCUUGGUGAUACUUUUGAUCCAUGGAAUCAAAUCAACUGCAAAGUUCUCUCAUCUGCUGGAAUUUGCAUUUGUAUGAACCAAUAAAUUCUCUUUAUUGUUUAAGCCUAUUAGAGUUAGGUUUUCUGUUACCACUAAAAAGGCAUAUGUACUUUAAAAGUUUUUGAUAAGUUGCCUUCCAAAAGUUAUACCAAUUUAUAAUGCCAGCAACAUAGUACAAGAGUGUCUGUUUUGCCCCACUCUUGCCAAAACAAUGUAUUGUCAAAUUUUUUGAUAUUACCAUUUUUACUGGAAAUGAGUGUUAUUGUGCUUUUAACACAGUCUUUUUAUCAUGAGUAAGGUUACGCAUCUUUCUAAUGUUUCAAAGUCGCACGUAUUUCCUUUGUGUGUCUGUGAAUAUAGGUGUAUAUUGCUCAUGUCCUCUGCCUAGUUUUCUAUUUCUCUUUUUCUUAUUGCUUUGUAGAAGCUUUUUGUAUACUAAAUAGAAAAUCAGGCCUUUGUCAGAUGGGUUGUAAUGUAUUUUAAGAGUUUCUCGUUUGGCUUUUGAUUUUACCUUUAUUUUCUAUUUUUUUAAUUUGCAUUUUUUUCUAUGCAGCAUUUUACUCCCGUGCC